AAAAUAUUUUGGAUGACGCUGCUUGUAUUCGUUUUUCCUGGGUUUAGCAUGUUUGCCCCAAUUUAUCGUGGAUGGUCAUUUUUGUGAUUCGAGAUCAUAAAAAAACUUGGUGCAGUUUAUUAUAAAUUCAACCUUUUCGUUAUAUAAAAUGAUUUACAAAAUGGGCAAACAGUUAAGCAAAGGAUCUUUGUUUUACCCAUGAAAGUUACAACAGAACAUAGUCUCGAUGAUUACGAUAAAGAAGAAGCCGAUAUAAAUCCUUUGCAUCGGCAACCACUUCCGCCCUAUCAAGAUAAGAAGAAGGUGGCUGAUUAUUUUUGCUGCAUAUGUUGCCCAUGUUUGCCGAUGUGGAUGCGGUGGAGCUGUUGCUUCAUAUUCAUUGUCGCCGUAACAUUGAUGGUAGUGCUGGGAGUUCUGGCAGCGUUAUUCAAGGUUCCCACCAUCGAGUUCAAUGGGGCUACCGAUGAUCCCACUGGUCUGCCUCGAUUUCAAAAGGAUCAGGAUUCGCUUGCGUUUACGUUUAACCUGGGAUUAAAGAUUGGUGUGGUUAAUCCCAACUUAGAGAGUGCCUAUUUCGAGAGUAUUAAAGCCGUGGCUUUCUAUCCAACGUCACCUCGCCAAGCUGUAGGAGGUGGCGAAAUCAAGGACCUGAACAUUAGGGCUUACGCUACGACCAAUUUUACGUUCCCAGUCCAGGUCAAGUACGAUCCGGCCCACGAUGGCGACCAAGCCAUGUUACUAGAUAUUUCAAGCAAAUGCGGUUUGUUGGGAGGUGAAAAGCGAGACCUGAGCAUCAUUUACGAUCUCACGCCAAGGAUUCGCGUGUUUGGGUUUGCCUUUGCUAUUACUAUCCGACAAAAUGCCAAUUUCCCAUGUCCCAUUUCGGAUGGGCAAAUUUUCACCCCCUCCAAAUAACAUCUUAUCCUUGCCUCCUCCUUUAACUGAGUACGGAUUAUCAUUUUCGUAUCAUUCCAUUUUUGCAUCCACCUCAUUCAUUUAAUUGAAUCAGCAGAAAUUUGAUAAAAAAACAGAGAAAAAAAAUAAGGAAAAAUAAAAAAAAUACAUUUCGUGCACCGGCG